AUGUCCACGAAACAGUUUUACCUUCUUGGGGAGGAUGUUUCCACUGCUCUCGAAAUUGAGCUGCCAGAGUCCUCAGACCUGGAGGAUCUUCAACAUCACAUUGCUGCACAGUAUAGCAUAGUUGACCCAAAGGGCGUUGGAUUUUUGCACGAGCAGCGCAGACUAACCGCAGUGGCCGACAUUGUCUCCAAAGAUGGCCCUGUCGCCAUCACCAUCGACGGUAAGGCUGUGCGCGAGGUGCCCUCGCCCGCCGGCAUUCCCUAUUUCGGAAACUAUCUAGAAAUCUACCCCGACCAUCUUGGAAACCACCAGCGGCUCUUCGAGAAACUCGGUCCUCUCUUCUCCACCAGCAACAUGGGCAGCCGCGUGUACCAGACCAACGACCCCAAGCUCGCCACCAUCUUCUUUGGCGAGAGCGACUUCUUCACCAAGCGCAUCGUGCCCGGCCACCCUCUGUUCCCCAUCAAGUCGCGCGAGGCGGGCGUCUUCCUCGGCGACACCGAGACCGAGGAGUGGAAGCUCGCGCACAAGUUCCUCCCGCCGGCGCUCGGCCCCAAGGCCGUCCGCCACUACGCGCCGACGAUGCAGAAGAGUGUCGAGGACGCCUUUGCCGUCUUUGACGCGCUGGACCAGCAGGGAGAGGCGUGGAACGUGUACCAGUACAUGCUCAAGCUCGGCUCGCAGGCCGUCGGCAAGCUGGUGCUCGGCAUCGACUUUGAGCACUUUACCGGCCCGGACGCGCCGCUGCACGAAAUGGUGCUGCAGAUUGCGCACAACCUGGAGCUGAACAAGAAGAUCUCGACCAUGGGUGCCUGGUAUGCUAGCAUGCCGUUUGGCGACCCCAAGAAGCUGCGACAGACAAAGGCGCGCAUCGAGGAAAUGAUGCUCGAGUCCAUCGCGCAAGCCUCCAGGGGUGAAGAGGAUCUGGAACUACAGGACGCCGCGCUCAAGGCCGAGAAUGUCGUCGAUUACUUCCUCCGCGCCAAGGACAGCAAAGGAAACAAGCUCCCGCCCGCGCAGUUCGCACCCGCUCUGGUGGUGGCGACCGGCGCCGGCUUCACCACCACGUCCUCGCUGCUCUCGUGGCUCCUCUACAGCCUUGUGCAGUACCCCGGCACCCAAGAGCGGCUGCUGCAGGAGCUCGUCGACAACGACUGGGACGCGGACACGCAGGUGACGGCCGAGCUGACGAACCAGCUCAGCUACCUCGACAAGUUCAUCAAGGAGACGCAGCGGCGCCACAACCCGUCGUACCAGCCGGCGCGCACGGCCAAACGGGACAUGAUCCUGCCGGGCGGCUACCGGCUGCCCAAGGGCGCCGUCGUCAUCCCGGCUCUGCACCACAUCCACCACAACGACAAGCUCUGGGAGAACCCGAACCGGUUCGACGCCGACCGCUGGGACACGGACAAGGUCAAGGGCCGGCCGCAGGGCGCGUACACGCCGUUUGCGCAGGGGCCGCGCAUGUGCGUCGGCUUCAACUUUGCGCUGCAGGAGAUUAAAGUCUUUCUGCCCAAGCUGGUGUACCGCUACAAGUUUACGCUGGCGCAGGAUGGACCAAUUGAGUAUGAUCCGUAUUUUCAGCUCAUUCGCCCGAAUAAUUUGUAUGUAAGGGCCGAGAGGAGGGUCAAAUGGCCGCCGCGAUCAGAGGAAUAA